ACACGUUUACAGGAACAUCGCGCUGGCCAAGUUGGGCUCUCGACGGGAAGCUCGUUUGGGUCUCUGACGAAAGCAGAAAGAUAUGCGAUCACUGUCCUUCCGUUGGCUCUCCAACACUAUCCUCUCCGUUCAGAAUCCGGCUUCAGCAAACAGAGCUAUUCCUUUCAGAGGCCUCGGGGUUGGCGCUGCCCCUCCGAGAAUGGAUAAGAAGAGGGAAGAACAACCAAGUGCAAGGGAGAUUACCGUUAAAUUCAAGCCUGAAGUUAAUCAAAUGCAACGAAUUCUUGACACCGACUCUUCUGGUGGUUGGGAGAAGUGCUGGGAGCAAGGAUUGACCCCAUGGGAUUUGGGACAACCAACACCUGUUCUGUUGCAUCUUCAUCAUACAGGAGCCCUUCCUAAGGGCAACGCUUUAGUCCCUGGAUGUGGCAGCGGUCAUGAUGUGGUAGCCAUUGCCUGCCCUGAACGUUAUAUUGUUGGGUUAGACAUAUCUGAGAAAGCCAUUAAGAAAGCGGAAGAGUUAUCUUCCUCGUUUCCAAAUGCAAAUUGUUUUAAGUUCUUAAGGGCCGACUUCUUCUCUUGGCACCCACCUGAGUUAUUUGAUCUUAUUUUUGAUUAUACGUUCUUUUGUGCCAUUGAACCAGAGAUGAGAUCACAAUGGGCAGUGCAAAUUCGAGAUCUUUUGAAACCUGAUGGAGAGCUCAUAACUCUGAUUUUCCCAAUUGAUGAUCAUAUUGGUGGACCACCAUAUAAAGUAUCAGUUUCUGACUAUGAAGAGGUAUUGUGUCCCUUAGGCUUCAAGGCAGUUUCCCUUGCUGAUAAUGAAAUGGCCAUCAAAGGUCGAAAGUUGUAAUCUUGCCUUAGUAUGUCAAAGAUAUAAAAUGUAAUGACAUUGGAGUUUACAAAAAGAAAGGAAGCCAAACAACGAUGGAGAUCAGAGGGAGCACAAGGCAUCAAGGAGUUGAAGACUUGUGUUAUGUAAUUUGUAUUUUUGAAUGGAUGGAAACUCUAGACUCAUUAACCCUAAACCUAGUGGUUGGGAUUAGGCCUAUGGAUAGUCCAUGAUUAUACUUUUUAUAUUAUCGUUUUCUAUAUAUAUGUGAUGUGAUGUGA